CUGGCCUGCAGUCUGUGCCUGCGGUGAGGUACCUGGGCUCCUGAAGGGCGGGCGGUUUUAUCGUAACUGCUGCUAACGGCGGACGCUCUCGUGCGACCAGGCUCGGUAACAAUAAGCCGGCGGAAGCUUUUGCUACUUAGUGCCUACCGCACGGGUCUGCUCUUUCUGCCACCUCCGCCGUCCCCACCUCUUUGCGGGUGAAGUCACCUUUGCGUUUCGAGACUUUGGGGCCUGAGGCCCAAACUCGACACGAACCCCCGCCACCCCCCUUCCCACUCAUUCUCAGUCUCUUCCUUUGCACCACCACAUCAUUUAGCCUUUGAGCUGACCAACUCGGCUGUGCCUUGAAGCCAAGUUUGAGGUGGUUAAGGUAACCGUGGGGAAAACAGCCCCCCAGUGGACAAAGGCGGAGGCAAGAAUAGAGCAGGCCUAGCGGCCACAGGCAAUAAAAAUAGGCGACUGAGGGUGUGAACAAGGAAAAAGAAAAAAAAAAAAAAAGGAAAAGAGUACUGCGGUUUAGAAAGGACUGGAAAGGACUUGUUGCACGAUGGAAGAAUCUGACUCUGAGAGAAAGAUGGAGAAAGAGAAUCUGGGGCCAAGAAUGGAUCCUCCCAUAGGGGAACCGGAAGGAUCGCUUGGGUGGGUGCUACCAAAUACAGCCAUGAAGAAAAAGGUGCUGUUGAUGGGUAAAAGUGGGUCUGGUAAGACCAGCAUGAGGUCUAUUAUCUUUGCAAAUUAUAUUGCCAGAGACACACGUCGCCUUGGUGCAACAAUUGAUGUAGAACAUUCUCAUGUUCGAUUUCUGGGAAACCUGGUAUUGAACCUGUGGGACUGUGGUGGACAGGAUACCUUCAUGGAAAAUUAUUUCACUAGCCAGCGAGAUAACAUCUUCCGAAAUGUAGAGGUUCUGAUAUAUGUGUUUGAUGUGGAAAGCCGUGAACUGGAAAAAGACAUGCACUAUUACCAAUCAUGCCUAGAGGCCAUUCUGCAGAAUUCUCCAGAUGCCAAAAUCUUUUGCUUGGUACACAAAAUGGAUCUGGUACAGGAGGAUCAACGGGACCUGAUUUUUAAAGAGCGAGAAGAAGAUCUGAGGCGUUUGUCUCGCCCAUUGGAAUGUUCUUGUUUCCGAACAUCUAUCUGGGAUGAAACUCUUUAUAAGGCUUGGUCCAGCAUUGUUUAUCAGUUGAUUCCCAAUGUUCAGCAGCUGGAAAUGAACCUAAGGAAUUUUGCUGAAAUUAUCGAGGCUGAUGAAGUGCUUUUGUUUGAAAGAGCUACUUUUCUGGUGAUUUCUCACUAUCAGUGUAAAAAGCAGCGUGAUGCCCACAGAUUUGAGAAAAUCAGCAACAUUAUUAAGCAGUUUAAGCUGAGCUGCAGCAAACUAGCUGCUUCUUUUCAGAGCAUGGAAGUCAGGAACUCUAACUUUGCUGCUUUCAUUGACAUCUUUACAUCCAACACUUACGUGAUGGUCGUGAUGUCUGAUCCAUCCAUUCCUUCUGCAGCUACUCUGAUCAACAUCCGCAAUGCCAGAAAACACUUUGAAAAGCUGGAAAGGGUGGAUGGACCAAAGCAGUGUCUUCUCAUGCGCUAAACAUUGCCAAGUGUUGUUUCAAAAAAUUUUGAAAUACUGUUUCUUAAUUAAUCUUAAGGUAUUCAUAUAUGUAGGCUCUGAAAUGUGAUGCUUACCACUUCUAUAUUUCCUUCCUACUCUCUAGUCUUAAUGUUUAACCUUGAAUGCUGUUUACUAAAAUAGCCAGUAAGAAGUUAGAAGAUGAGCUGUUCAUGGACUUGAUGUGCAUAAAAUUAUGUGAUAUGUAAGUCUUCUGAUAAGAUUCUAAUAGUGUGUGUUCUGAUAACCUAGUUCUAAUAGUUGUGUAUGCCAAAGCCUUUCCCAACAUCAUUUUGUGUUCCUUAUCAGAUAGUAACCUGUAAGUUUGGAAUAUUACUGUUUUCUCAGCAUGCAUUAAAAAUAUUACUUAACUUCAACUAUAAAUAAACUUUUGCUG